GAGGAGGCAUAUAAAAUUCCAUGUCAUUUUAUAAAUUACGGUCGUCGUUACGUUACGAAUUUAAAAAACAGUAGUAGUGCCGUACUACCGAAAAAAAAACGAAAACGAAAGUGUGGUGUUUCAGUUAUAAAUUAAUAUAUUUUUUAAAGAAAAAUUAAAAGAAAUUAAAUAAAAAUUUCCAAAAUGAAAGCCUUUGUAGUGGCCAGUGUUUGUUUGUUCAGUAUUUUGAGUGUGGGUUUGGCACAAUUCUCCAAUGGUCGUGUACUCGAUCCACCAAAUCCACAAUUGUGUGCUCAAAGAGUUAUACAUGAAAAGACACCCGAUGGCAAAGGUUACUUCUUCUCUUGGCGCGAUCCUGCCUUAAAGGGUGUCGAAGAAGAUUGGUUGAGUGCCAGAAACUACUGCCGCAGACGUUGUAUGGACUCAGUAUCUUUGGAAACUAGCUUGGAAAACGAAUGGAUUAAGCAACGUGUUGUCAAUGAAAAAGUAAAAUACAUCUGGACCUCUGGUCGCCAAUGUGACUUCAAGGGUUGCGAACGUCCCGAUUUACAGCCCACCAACAUUAACGGCUGGUUCUGGACUGCUACUUUACAAAAACUUGCCCCCACUAAUGAACGCAGCCAAGGUGAUUGGUCUCCCACUGGCGGUAUUGGUUUACCUCAACCCGAUAACCGUGAAUACAAACAAAAUGGUGCUCCCGAAAACUGUUUGGCUCUCUUGAAUCAAUUCUACAAUGAUGGUGUCAACUGGCAUGAUGUUGCUUGCCACCACAAGAAACCUUUCGUUUGUGAGGAAAACGAUGCUCUCUUGAAAUAUGUUCGUUACACCAACCCUCAAUUGCGCAUUUAAAGUGGGUUUGAGGUUAAACUCCUCCCUUUUAAUUAAAGAAUUAUAAAAAAUUCAAAUUUGUGUUUCACACACACACACACAUGCUCAACUUUUAGAAACCAAAAAUAUUUAAAUUUUGCUCUUCUUUCAUUUUUCUCGCUUUUUUCCAAAAAAAAAAAAAAAUAAUAAAAUUUUUUUUAUAUUCUUUAAUACUAUUUCUCUAAAAAGUUCAUAUUUCCCUGCAUAUGUCCUCUGUUUCUGCUAAAAUAUCUAUAUCACUGUCUUCUAUUCUACUCAACACUUAAUUAGUUUAAUUUUUUUUAAUUUUUGUAUUAAUUUAUGUUAAAAAAAUAAAAA